CUCGCCCGCCAACAAGUUAGCUCGAUAACAACGAUCACAUGUCGGUUUGCCUUGGCAACACAUUGGACUGGGUGCUGUACUCACUAUUAGAUAGCUUCAUCCACCUGCACAGACAGAACAAGUGAAACCAGGAGCCUUUGAAAUUCCCAUCACCACAGUACGCAGUGUCAUUCAUCUCCCGCGGCAGUAGCAUAUCAUCAAUCAGUAUGUCCGGAGCCGUGACAUUGAAUUCCGGCUUUUCCAUGCCGUUGUUGGGAUUGGGGACUUGGCAGUCCAAAGCGGGUGAAGUGGAGGCGGCCGUGAAACACGCCAUCAAAGUGGGCUAUCGGAGCAUUGAUUGUGCGGCUAUCUACGGCAAUGAGACGGAAGUGGGCGCCGGACUGGCUCAAGGCAUGAAAGAGACCGGCGUGAAGAGAGAAGAUCUUUUUAUCACGAGCAAGUUGUGGAAUACUAAGCACCAUCCCGACGACGUGGAAGGAGCUUGCCAAAAGACCCUCUCUGAUCUGGGACUAGCUUACUUGGACCUCUAUCUUAUUCAUUGGCCGCACGCGUUCCGCCGAGGUGAUGACGUUUUUCCCAAGAGUGAGGAUGGAGCUCUCUUGUUUGAGACCUCAGUUACUCCCACGGAGACUUGGUUGGCCCUAGAGAAGUUGGUGGAAAAGGGCCUAGUGAGGUCGAUUGGCUUGUCCAAUUUCAAUUCGCUGCAAAUCAACGAUAUUCUGGAAAAGGGAAAGAUUAAACCGUGUGUGAACCAAGUUGAAUGCCACCCCUACUUCAAUCAAGAGCCCCUGAGAAAAUUUUGCGAGGAGAAGGGCAUCUUCAUCAUGGCUUAUAGUCCCUUGGGCGCACCUCAACGACCAUGGGCCACUCCGGAUGAGCCCAAGCUACUCGAAGACCCCAAGCUGAUGGAGAUUGCCAAGAAUCACGGCAAGACAGUGGCCCAAGUGGUCCUCCGAUGGCAGAUUCAAAGACAAGUGAUAGUGAUUCCCAAGUCCGUGAACCUGAAUCGGAUCGAGGAAAACUUCAGCAUUUCCGAUUUCACGCUCUCAUCCGAGAAUAUGGAACUAUUGGCCUCGUUUCAUCGAGCUGAUGGACGGGUUGUCGAACCUCGAGUCAACGGGAAAUCCCGCGAUGGCCACCAUCCUCACUAUCCGUUCCGAGACGGACUGGAAUUCUAAAUUUUAAAAAAGCCAAUGCCUUGGAUCUAAAGCGUCAUCGUAGCCACCCUUGGGAGGAGAAAUGAGGCAGCCUUUAUUCAUCGUGUGGAGAAAAUGUCUUCUCCUGCUUGUUUCGCGGCUUGUCAUAAAAGGCUGUUGAGUGAGUGAAUCAAUGAAUAAAUCAUGAGGCAUGACA